AUGAACCAGAUAGAGAUGAAAAAGAGCAAGAGUUCUAGCCUGCUAAGACAUCUUCGCUUGUUUAUGUGUUUGGCUCCUCCGCAGACACGGAAAAUAGAUGGUGAAAACAUUCAAGAGAGCUUCUCUAACAACUCACAGUGUGAUGAAAAGAAGCCUGCGUGCUCAAAAUGUGUCCACCAUUCCAUUGAAUGCGACUUUCAGCAAGCUGAAGCAGCGUUAUCAGCCUCGCCAUCCUCAGCACCAUCCCCGUCUGUUUCAUCACAAGGUCCAAAAGGGCGAUUCAGAUUCAAACCCUCGAAAUACCAACCCAAAGAACCAACACCAGAUGAAGCAAUCCAACCAUCCACCCAAACAAUCUCCACAGAAAUCCAGCCCAACAACCAAACCCCCAAAGAAACCAUCACCUUCACGGACCUACGCCUCUUCCAUCACUUCGUCACAGAAACAUACCGCACCCUAGCCGACCAAGCAACAGACAAAAACCGCAUCUGGCAACACCACCUGCCUCAAUGGGGCUUCUCAACGCCCUCAAUCUUCCACCUAAUCCUCACACUAGCAGCUCUACACCUAGCCCAUCUCCACCCAGAAAAAAAAGACCAAUACAUCCUCCAAGCCGACAGCCACUUCACAUUCGGCAUCCGAUCCGUAACAGCCAUCCUCUCAAGUCUAAACGAAGAAAACUGCCAACUGAUCUACAUGUCCGCGGUAAUGAUCUGCUUUGUCUAUUUCGGACACGGUCCUCGAACUGGUGAAUACCUCAUCUUCAGCGAAACAGGAAAAGCAGAAUGGCUCGUUCUCAUGCGAGGCGUGCGCUUGAUCCUGAUGUCGAGCCAUGAUAAGAUAUUUAGUGGUGUUUUGGCUGUUCAACCAGAUCCGAGUAUUGCCGGUGUUAGUCCUGAAUUUCAAGAUGAGCUGAGACUGCACCGGUCUCAUAUUGAAGAUGUGCAACGGUUUAUUGAGGUGCAGGUUGGUGAGACGCCUGCCUGUGAGAUCUAUGUUGACGCGCUUGUGAACUUGGCUGAAAUUUUUGAUGAGGCUUAUUGUAUUCGGAGUGCUGGGAAGGAUGGUGCUAAUCUGAUGCAUGUUGUCGUUGGGUGGAUUUAUCGGCGGCCUGAGGAAUUUAUUGGGUUACUAGAGAGUAAGGAUCCGUUUGCCUUGAUUGUUGUUUCUUAUUGGUGUGUUCUUUUGAAGUUUAUGGGCUCUUCAUGGCUUAUGACCGGCUGGGACCGGCAUGUUAUUGCUGGCAUUCAGAGGUCGUUAGUGCCUGAGUUCCAUUGUCAUAUUGAGUGGCCGGUUGGUGUUAUUUGCAGUUGA